UAUAUUCGCAAUUUAACAGUAAUCCUCGAAGUAUUCAAGUAUAAAAACAUAUUUAUUAGACCAUCUAAAACUUUCGUAAUAUUCCUUAAUAUUCUAAUACUAGGCAAACUUAUAGAUAAAUUCUUAAUAUCUAUAAUAGAGGGAAAAUUAAAAACUAUUACUAAACUUGAUUUCCCCAAAACUCUAACGCAACUUAACUACUUCAUUAAAUUCGCUAUAUAUUUACAAAAAAAUAUACCGCUAUUCGGGAUUCUAGUUCAACUACUUGAAUAG